GUGAUCAGGCACUCUUUCGUAGGUGAUGAUUUCUUCACGCACUGGUCGUUUUAUGAUGGCCCCGAUCCCACGCACGGAACGGUGGAAUUUGUUACGUUUGAAGAGGCAAGUGGCAAAGGUUUGAUCUCGGCAGCUUUUGACCGCGUCUACAUGGGUGUGGACGCAACUGAGGUGCUCAGCGGUUCCCAAGGCCGCAAAGCUGUACGACUCGAGUCGAAUGAGUGGUUCAAAGAUGGCCUCUUUAUCAUCGAACUCGACCAUGCACCGAUUGCGUGCGGAGCGUGGCCGGCUUUCUGGAUGUAUGGUGAGGACUCGCAGCAUGCUUGGCCUCGGUGGGGCGAGUAUGACAUCCUGGAAGCUGUGCACAACCAGACCUAUGCCACAACCACGUUGCAUACGCGGUCCAAUUGUGACCAGUAUGAUGUGAACAAAGACGUGGACUUCUCUGGCUCUGCUUGGGCUGGUAAUGAGCAAGGCGGUCCUGCCAAGAAUUGCUGGGUCCAUGCCCCAAACGAAUACGAAAAUCAGGGCUGCGGCCAGAAGCAGCCACAGGGUUCCUGGGGUACAGCUUUGAAUCAGGCUGGAGGUGGUACAUGGGCAGCUGAAUGGGACCCUGACCGCAGGAAGAUUCGGACAUGGUUCUUCCGCAAGGGACAGGAGCCAGCUGAUCUUUUGCGCAAAGAACCAGAUCCGGACACGUGGGCAAUGCCAACAUCGUUCUUUACGCUUCAUUCCAAGUACUGCAGUCCCGAACACUUCCAGCACAUGCGAUUGGUGUUUGAUACCACCUUCUGUGGAGACUACGGUGAUGCGACCUUUUCCAGCAGCUGUCCUGCGACAGGCAUGUCGUGCAAAGACUACGUGCAGAAGAAUCCACAUGUUUUCUCGGAGGCUUAUUGGUCCAUCCGCACGCUGGACAUUUAUAGACGAUCGAGCGAGCAGCCUGGUGUGUUAUCCGCUCCAGUUGGAGUGAGCUAUGAAAAAGUCAAGCGGCCCAGCUCUGGAUGGACUUUCUCUGGCCUUAUCCUGAUUUCCUUGGGCAUGACGGGCUUGAUCGGCAUUUGCUACGCCAUGCUGAACAAGGCAGAUGAGGCAAGUCUGGUGGAUCAAGAAAUGCAAGGCUUAUCCAGCUGCAUGGAGGACGUGAGAGAGAUGGAUGUUGAGACCAACGUGGAUCAAACUCGUCGUUGGUUCUCCAAUGCCUUUAGCGGUUUGGUACUGAACCUGUCUGAGGUCACAGGUAUGCAGAGGCCAGAGGCGGUGCAUCCUCAACGUACCCAGCGAAUAGAACUUGAGGAAAGCCACCAGCAAGCUGCAAUGGGUUCUCAUCCUACUAGACAGUUGGAGCGGAAUUUUGGCAGUCAAGAUCGAAUGAACAGUGGAAAUCUGGUCCGACCGCCACCACCCACGAGCUUCAUGUCACGUGCCUCCGCAGUCACAUCUCAGGCUUGGAGUUCUGUCAUGGGGCGCUAUCAGCCACCGGCAGGUCGCGCGCCGUCUACCAACUCUUUAGCCAACUCCCAGUUUGGCUCUCAUCCAUCCAUGCAGACCUAUAUGCAUAUACCACAAGGAACUCAAGGAAGUCCUGUUUCAGCUGCCUCCAGCCCCAAAGGUUGGAACUACCAGCGACAGCCGAGCAAUACUGGAGUAGCAGCUUCCAGCGGCUGGCAGUUGGCUUUGUCUUCAGGAACCCGUCCAUUGUAUCAGACCGCCACAUGAUCUCCCUGCCGGAGCUGUGUGGUGCCGGGGCAAUAACGACUCGAGACGAUGGGCCAAUACCAAAACUGAACCGCGGCUUGGACAUUUUAUUUGGCGCAGCAAAGGAUGCGCAUGGCAACUGGGAAAUGUGCGGAGAUGUUCACCGAAACUCCAACCCUUUCAUGUGUAGCCUGUGGUCGUCGC